UCUUCUCUCUCUCCAUCAUGCCACAACUUUUUCCCCCGCAGAAUCAUCUCGCUGAAACUGAUGGGAUUUAACGCCACAUGACGCGGGUAUUCUAUUGAAAAUGACCCUAUACUGGACGUGCAACACUGGUUUGCUUGUGAAAGAAACACAUUUUUCUGUCUUGUGGACGAUGGUAUAUACAAGCCCUCGACCUGAACAGAGUCUCCAAGAUGAAUCAAUCCGGCUCUUCAUCAACGGAAAGCUAGAUGGUAUCCAGACUCUUUCGGGACCUUGGGAGCUGCAUUAUGACACUCAAAACUCGCGGGCCGCAUUUUAUCACUUCAGACUCAUGCUAGCAAAGCCGGUGUCACUUUUCCUAGCCAUGUAUGCUCGUGGUCUGGAGCUCUUUAAAGAGGGCAGCAUUACAAUUUCAACAUACUCUAAUCAAAUGGUCAUUCCCUCUCUCUUCAGAGGACGGGACCAUGCGGUAGAAGUAUUUGCAGUACUCGAUGGCGACAUCAAGACGAUGGCAAAUUUUCGUGAAAAGUCGAGCGUAUACCGCCGUAUCCUUGUACAAGCCAGUCUUAGGCAAUGUAUCAAUCUCCACAUCGCUGCUUCCCGAGUCAGAGGACGCCGGUCAUAUCUUUGGACAUCUCGGAUAGCCAUCCGUAACCGGUUCAAGGACACGAUGAGCCAGAAGAAAGCCUCGGCUCGUCUGUCCUGGGGGUCCCCCAUUGCCGGUUGUACGGAAGCAAGCAAAAGGCCCUGUAUCUACCCAUGCCAAGACGCAGAAAAAGAACUCAGCAUCGCCUCCAAGGUGAUUGUUUCGAAACAGCAGACACCAGCAAGUAUUGAGUCAGACGCGUUAUCGAUGUGCCAGAUAUAUCUUAUAUAUCUUUCGGCCGACCAGAAUCUCGCAGCAACAAGAUAUAUAGCUGAAAGCUCAGCUAUCUGCUCUUUUUGCGGCGCAAGCUUCUAUCGCGAGGGUUGCACAUGCCCGUACAUGGUGCCAGGCGGCUCCAGGAUAAUCUGCUCGAGCUGCCAGCGGUACCCACAACGGGUCAACUUGUUACUCUCCGACCCUGUGGUCGUCAAGACCUCUGGUAACCGCAUUGAUUUAGAUGUUUCUCGAGAGUACAAUGAGAGGCCAUUCGGUGCACAUGCCGUAUUUUGGGGCAAUAUCGAUAAGAUGGGCACAGCCUCGGAGUUUGGGCAGACCCGUCCAGCUCGAUGCGGUCUUUCGUGGCCGCGGCGGCGGUAG